AUGGCGGGGCUGCCCGGCGCCGCGCGGACCCGGAGCGGCUCCCCGGGCUCCUCCGCCGCCCUCCCCGCCCUGGACGGCUCCUUCCUCCGCUCGCCGCUCGGGGGGCUGAUGGGCGCCGAGGCCGUGCUCGGCUUACUGGUGUGGGCUCUCAUCGCCGACACAACGUACUACCUCCACGCCGCGUACGGCUGGGUGAUGUUCGUGUCCAUCUUCUUCUGGAUAUUAACAGUCCUUUUCUUCGUGACUUACCUCCUGCAGCUUCAGCUGAAGUUCUACGUGAUCCCCUGGCCCCUUGUGCUGAUGAUCUUCAACGCUGCGGCAACCGUCCUGUACGUCACCGCCUUCGUAACGUGCGCAGCCGCUGUCCAGCCUACAUCCUGGCGGCAGUGGGAUUACAACCGGAGAGCCGCGGCGUCCUUCUUCGCCUGCCUCGCGAUGAUCGCCUACGGGGCGAGCACCUUCUUCAGCUUCCGCGCCUGGAAAGGGCUCGGCAGCAACGCGGCCACCAGCCAAGUGACUGACCACAUGUAA